CCUACCAGACAACGUAACUUAUUCUACUCUAACGAUACUAAAAACAAUGAUAAACGGAUUCCUUGAAAUGAUCGACAACCAAGGCGACCCUAGAGUCAAAAACUGGUUGGUAUUGAAGUCCCCAUUUCCUACACUGUGUGUCUGCCUAAUGUAUCUUUAUUUUGUGAAAACAGCCGGACCGCAGUUCAUGAAAACUCGGAAACCUUUGAGUCUGAAAAAAGUUUUAAUUUUUUACAACAUAUUCCAAGUUACAUUCAACGCAUAUCUAGUCUAUGAGAUGAGCGUGAGUGGAUGGUUAAACCACUACAAUUACAGGUGUCAACCCUUAGUUUUUUCGAAAGACCCCUUGGAGCUCAGAAUGAUAAACGCAGCCUGGUGGUACCUCAUAAUCAAGCACAUUGAUUUAGCCGACACUAUAUUCUUCGUUCUACGGAAGAAAAACAAUCAAAUCACAAACCUUCACCUAAUCCAUCACUGCAUUAUGCCCUUUAGCGUUUGGUUUGGUGUCAAAUUGGCCCCCAGCGGCCACGGAACCUUUUUCGGCUACAUCAACUGUUUUGUGCACGUCAUAAUGUACUUCUACUACGUAAUCGCCGCUUUGGGGCCGCGUUUUCAAAAAUAUUUGUGGUGGAAAAAAUAUCUCACUACGGUUCAAAUGAUCCAGUUUGUGCUUAUUACAGUGCACUCAUGUCAGUUGUUCUUCAUUGACUGCGACUACCCCAGAUCCUUUCUUUUAAUUGUAAUAAUACACGCAAUUUUGAUAUUGGGUUUGUUUUGGAAUUUUUAUAGAACUACGUACCAGAAAACAACUACCAAGAACGAAGAAACCAAAACUCAAAAUAGAGGCACAUCGAAGCUUCAGUAUUGCUUUAUUAUAGAAAAUAAGUCUACGGAAGACAGUAGGGACGGAAUGUCGGAAGAAAACAAGCUAAAGAAAGGACGCUAGAGCUUGACACGAAAUCUAA